GACGAUGACGCCAUGGAAGCAGAGUUCCAGUAUACGGACGACGAAGAGGAGCAGGACGACGCCCAAGUCGAACUCGAGAACGCCUACUACAACAGCAAAUCCCUCCGCGACGACGUCCCCGCUGCCGUGGCGAGCUUCGAACAUAUUAUUGCGCAAGAAUCGGCUGAACUGGCCAAGUCCGGCAGCGACAAAACAUACGGACCUUGGAGUUUUAAAGCCAUGAAGCAGCUCGUCAAGUUGCGGCUCCGCGUCGGCGACGACGACGAAAAACUCAUGCAAGACUACCGUCGUCUCCUCGAGUGCAUUGCCCAGGGUGACGUUAGUCCCAACGCCGUAGAAAAGGGCAUCAACGGGAUGCUGGAACGCAUCGCACUCGCGGUAUACGACGCUACCCUUCAGGUCUUUCAUCCACAAACGGGAAACACCAUCAACGAACGGCUGUGGUUCAAAACAAAUCUCAAAUACGGACAACUACUGUACGAAAUGAAUGAAGCGAACAAACUGGAACAGGUUUUGAGAGAUCUGCAAACGAACAUGCCGCCCGAAGACUCGGGUUCCGCCUCGAGCAGUACACAGUCUAUGGAGAUUUACGCACUACAAAUACAACUAUACAGUCGCCAAAAAGAUCACAAACGGUUACGUGAAACCUUCCAGAAGGCCAUGGCCGUUCGGGGCGGUAUUCCACAUCCCCGGACCAUUGCCUUGAUUCAAGAACUCGGCGGCAAAACGCACAUGGCUUCGCGGGAGUACAACCAGGCCGAAAAGACCUUCUUCCAAGCUUUCAAAUCGUACGACGAAGCCGGCGAUCCGUCGCGGCUACGCUGUCUUAAGUAUCUCGUACUCGCGAGUAUGCUCCACGCGUCCGCGAUCAAUCCCUUCGAUUCCCAGGAAGCCCGUCCCUACCGAGACGACCCCGAGAUUGUCGCCAUGACCAAUCUCGUUCAAGCCUUCCAUGCCAACGAUAUUGCUAAAUUCGAGCGCGUCCUGCGGCAGAAUCGUCGCACGCUCCACGAUGAAUUUAUCAACGAACAUGUGCAGGAUUUAUUGCGCACCAUCCGCACGCAGGUGCUCGAGCGUAUGGUCCGACCCUACCGACGCAUUUCGCUCCACGCUCUGGCGGAGCAACUUAACCAUAUUGAAAUUUCGCAGGUAGAAUCACUCUUGACGUCCCUCAUUCUCAAUGGUACCUUGCAGGGUAAAAUCGAUCGGGUGGAUAUGGUGUUG